AUGCGCUCGGAUGCCGGCCCGGAGCUGCGGUUUGGGUCCAUAGCGUCCAUGCCCGGUGCACCCGGCGCCAAGCGGUUCGAGCAUCCUGCAAAUACGGAUCCCUCCACUGCUCCGUGGAAAAACAGGGAGGGAUUUGCUCCUUGCUGGUGUUCACGGGAGGCUCUGCCGAAGCCGUGCCGGAGGGUCCCUCGGCUUCGGCGUGGGGCCGGGUGCUGGGAUUUGUGCCGUGUCUGCUCUGGCCUCGGCAGCGGGGCCGUGAGCGCAGCACGUGACGUGGUGGACAUCUACCAGCGGGAGUUCCUGGCGCUCCGCGACCGCCUGCACGCCGCGGAGCAGGAGAGCCUCAAGCGCUCCAAGGAGCUCAACCUGGUCCUGGAGGAGAUCAAGAGGGCCAUCUCGGAGAAGCAGGCGCUGCGGGAUAUCAACCGCACCUGGAGCAGCUUAUCUGACGAAACCAAGUUAAAACUGUGGAAUAUCACCAACAAGAAUGUGCUGCACCUUCCCACCAUCUUCCAUCAUUUGCCACAUUUGCUGUCAAAGGAGAACAGUCUGCAGCCAGCCGUGCAUGUAGGACAGGGGCGCACUGGAGUGUCCGUUGUGAUGGGAAUCCCCAGCGUGAAGCGGGAGGUGCAUUCCUACCUUACAGAUACCCUCAACUCCCUCAUCUCGGAGCUCACGCAGCAGGAGAAGGAGGACUCCGUCAUCGUCGUCCUCAUCGCUGAGACAGACGCCCAGUACACAACUGGAGUGGCAGAAAAUAUCAAAAACUUGUUCCCCAGGGAAAUCCACUCGGGGCUCCUGGAGGUGAUUUCCCCAUCUCCACAUUUCUACCCGGAUUUCUCCCACCUGCGGGAAUCUUUCGGGGACCCCAAGGAAAGAGUCAGGUGGAGGACUAAGCAGAACCUGGACUACUGCUUUUUAAUGAUGUACGCCCAGUCCAAAGGCAUUUACUACGUGCAGCUGGAGGAUGAUAUCGUGGCCAAACCCAACUAUCUCAGUACCAUGAAGAACUUCGCCCUGCAGCAGCCCUCCGAGGAGUGGAUGAUCCUGGAGUUUUCUCAGCUCGGGUUUAUUGGAAAGAUGUUCAAGUCGCUGGAUCUCAGCUUGAUUGUGGAGUUCAUCCUGAUGUUCUACAAGGACAAGCCCAUUGACUGGCUUCUGGAUCACAUCCUUUGGGUGAAAGUCUGCAACCCUGAGAAGGAUGCAAAGCACUGCGACCGGCAGAAGGCAAACCUGCGGAUCCGCUUCAAGCCCUCGCUCUUCCAGCACGUGGGAACCCACUCCUCCUUGGCCGGGAAGAUCCAGAAGCUGAAAGACAAAGACUUUGGAAAGCAGGCACUGCGGAAAGAGCAUGUGAACCCUCCUGCAGAGGUGAGCACCAGCCUGAAAACCUACCAGCACUUCACCUUGGAGAAGGCUUACCUGCGAGAGGACUUCUUCUGGGCCUUCACUCCCACUGCAGGAGACUUCAUCAGAUUCAGAUUCUUCAAACCGCUCCGCGUCGAAAGGUUCUUCUUCCGCAGUGGGAACAUUGAGCACCCCGAGGACAAGCUCUUCAACACAACGGUGGAGGUUUUGCCGUUUGAUAGCCUGCAGUCGGAUAAGGAGGCCUUGCAGGAGGGACGAGGCACGGCCUUCAAGUACCGCAGGACGCCGGACGGCUACAUCCAGAUCGGCUCCUUCUCCAAGGGCGUUGCGGAAGGAGAAGUGGACCCCUCGUUCGGGCCCUUGGAGGCGAUCAGGCUGGCCAUCCAGACGGACUCCCCGGUGUGGAUCAUCUUGAGCGAGAUUUUUAUCAAAAAAGCGGAGUGAAAGGCCCAUGA